GGUGCUUUUAUUGCAGGGAUGGUGUUCUUAUCCAGUUGGUAUGACUACGUGGUGAUGAUGCGUUGUGUGAAUGUUAGUUUUUGUUUCAUCGUUUUGCUAUAAGCAGCAGUUAAUGCGUAGUCUGAAUGUUCUUAUCCAGAGGAUAUGUUGCGCACUAAGCAGUUGGGUACUCUCUCCCAGUCAGCUAGGUUUUUCCUCAAUGGAUCACGAUGUAAUGCAGGUGAUGGAAAUUCAUGUACAUGUGCAGAAGAUGAAACUUGCAUUUCAAGAAAGCAGAAUACAAAAACUGCAGUUCGAGAUCCACAAGCACCAUCCGCCUUAUCAUCAAAAAGUUCGAUAAAAGUGAGUUCUCUCAUCUCAGGCGAUGGUGUAAGCUCUCCUGCUUCUUCUCCACAAGUCAUAUCGACUCCCAGCAAUUUGGGAAGAAUAGGUACAGUCACUUAUGCUAGUGGCGCUGAUUGUGUUCAAAAUGAUACAAUGCAUCCUUCACCACCUAUGUCCGAUCAGUUUGUCAAGGCGGGUAUUGCUGCAGUCAGUUUCCUGUCUGAUAUUGUGAGCUAUAAAAUUCCUACAUCAGAUGGCAGUGGAAUUCUUAGCUCGCAACAGAAUAAUGUUGUUGAACGAGUAAGGCCCCUUUCCACUAUCAAAGCCUCAAAUGUCAAAGCAUUGGGCAGAGAAAAGAUUGAGGGUAAGUCUUCUUCUGGGACAGAACCAGGAGCAAAUUCCAAGAGCAAAGUUCAUGAAGGAAAAGGUAGUGCUCAAAAUGUCGGUUCAGUGAGCAGUGUCAACAAUAGUUUUGCAAAGAAGACAACACAUCCGGCAGAGAGUGAAAGGCAAUCAAACUUUCAUGAGAAGAGGCGGACUAUGCCUCAGCAAAUGAAAGCCAAUUCUAGUCGGUUUGUUUCAAAUGUAAUGCCUGCAGAAGGAAAGUUUGUGGGAGAUGUCAGUGAAGAACUUAAUAGGCGCCCAAAGUUGGCCAAACAAUCAUCAGCUGUUUCUUCGAUUGCUAGGCAGUUCACAAGGUCUGGGAAUGUGGUGGAAAGUGUUUCUCAAAUAUUGCGACAGCUAAACUGGACUCCUGCAACUGAGGUGGCUUUAGGCAAAUUAAACUGCUCGAUGGAUCCAUAUCAAGCUAACCAAGUUCUUAAAAAGAUGCAAGAUUAUUCAUCAGCUCUUGGCUUUUUCUAUUGGUUGAAAAGAAGACCGGGAUUUAAGCAUGACGAGCAUACUUAUACCACCAUGGUAGGCAUUUUAGGCCGUGCCAGACAGUUCGGGGCUAUAAACAAAUUGCUCGACCAGAUGGUUAGGGAUGGAUUAAAACCAAAUGUUGUGACAUAUAACCGUCUCAUUCAUAGUUAUGGCCGUGCAAACUAUUUAAAUGAAGCUUUCAAUGUUUUCAAUAGGAUGCAAGAAGCAGGAUGUAACCCUGACCGUGUAACCUACUGUACAUUGAUCGACAUCCAUGCAAAAUCUGGGUACCUUGAUGUUGCAAUGGACAUGUAUCAGAGAAUGCAAGAGGCUGGACUUAGUCCUGACACCUUCACGUACAGUGUUAUCAUUAAUUGUCUUGGCAAAGCUGGCCAUUUGACUGCUGCGGACAAGCUUUUUUGUGAGAUGGUUAGUCAAGGGUGUGUGCCUAACUUGGUGACUUUCAAUAUUAUGAUUGCGUUGCAUGCCAAGGCAAGGAAUUAUCAAACUUCAUUACAGCUAUACCGUGACAUGCAGAAUGCUGGAUUUGAGCCAGACAAAGUAACUUAUAGCAUAAUUAUGGAGGUAUAUGGUCAUUGUGGCUAUCUUGAAGAAGCAGAAGCAGUUUUUGCUGAGAUGAAAAGGAAGAACUGGGUUCCUGAUGAACCUGUGUACGGCCUUUUAGUAGAUCUGUGGGGUAAAGUUGGAAAUGCUGGAAAGGCCUGGGAAUGGUAUUGUGCCAUGCUUAAUGCGGGUUUGCGUCCUAAUGUGCCAACAUGCAAUUCUCUGCUCAGUGCUUUCCUUAGGGUGCACCGGCUCUCGGAUGCGCAUAACUUACUGCAGAGCAUGCUCAACUUAGGUCUUAAUCCUUCUUUGCAGACGUACACAUUGCUCAUUAGCUGUUGUACUGAAGCGCAAACAGCUUUUGACAUGACAUUUUGUGGUAAGCUAAUGGCUGUCACGGGCCACCCUGCUCAUACAUUCCUUAUGUCUAUGCCAGCAGCUGGGCCCGAUGGGCAGAAUGUGAAGGAUCACAUGAGCAGCUUCUUGGAGUUGAUGCACAGUGAGGACAGGGAGAGUAAGAGGGGACUUGUUGAUGCAGUGGUUGAUUUUCUGCACAAGUCAGGGCUGAAGGAAGAGGCCGGAUCUGUUUGGGAGGUGGCUGCGCAUAAGAAUGUCUAUCCAGAUGCUGUAAGAGAGAAAAGCUCAUCUUAUUGGCUGAUAAACCUACAUGUCAUGUCUGAUGGUACUGCUGUGACUGCACUAUCAAGAACACUUGCAUGGUUCCGGAGGCAGAUGCUUGUGUCUGGAAUCUGCCCAGGCCGCAUUGAUAUAGUGACAGGGUGGGGCCGGAGGAGCAGGGUCACCGGAUCUUCUUUGGUGAGGCAGUCAGUGCAGGAGUUGCUAAACAUGUUCCAGUUUCCUUUCUAUACCGAGAAUGGCAACUCUGGAUGUUUUGUAGGAUGUGGUGAGACACUUAAUAGAUGGUUACUACAGUCUUACGUAGAGCGUAUGCAUUUGCUCUAGGCUGUGGAUGCAAUGUGCUGGUUCUUAGCUGUGCAAGAGGUGCAUGCAGUUUUGUUGGAGGAAUUUAGUCGGGAUUUAUUUAUGUUUUUGUACAGUCAAAUGGAAACUCCAAGUCAAGUGGUUGCUUGAUUUUCAUUAGCUCUAUAAUAUGCUUGUUUACUAUGUCAUGUUUCAAUAAACCGUGACGGGUUAGUUUA